AUGGGUGACGGAAGCGACUUGCUGAAGAAACUCCAGUAUCUUUCCUUGGUUUCCAAGCUCAGUUUGAUGCGGAAACUCAAACAACAUGGCGCUAUCAUGCCUGAUUAUUUGGUCCGUACCAGAGAGAGGGUGAGGGAAUUGGAGCGAGAAAUCACUUUGGAAGUUGAGGCCAAGCAGUCUAAACGCGAGAGGAAAGCAGAUGAACAAAGAUACAAAGAUAAAGAGGGCAGGGAUAGUGGUUAUGAGGAUAAUGGAGGCAGAGAAAGGCACAGUCUGAGCAGGAGACAUCAGAGGAAUUGCCGAGAUGGUUAUGAAGAAGAGGAGAGGGAGAGCAAUGAUAGCGGGAAAAGAAAUAAUGAUUGGCACCAUGAAGGGACAGGGCUCUUUGGCAUUAGAAUUACUGAUGAAGAUGAUUAUGUGACUUCAAGGAGGUGGUUGAGGAGAAUGAGCUCACCAGAGAAAUGGGAGGCGAAGCAGCUUAUUACUUCUGCGGUUUUGAGGGUUAAAGAGUAUCCCAUGUAUUUUCAGGAUUCAGAUGGACUAGUUUUCGAGGAGGAAGGUGCUGAGGAGGAGAUAGAGAUUGAGCUGAAUGAAGAUGAGCCAGCUUUCUUGCAAGGCAAGAGCCAAUAUUCCGUCGACGCAUCUCCAGUCAAGAUUCUCAAGAACCCAGAUGGGUGUCUGAGUCGUGCUGCAGCACUUCAAUCGGCUUUGGUAAAAGAGACAAGAGAAAUAAGGGGACAUCAGCAGAGAACAAUGUUGGAUUCUAUUCCAAAAGAUCUAAACAGGCCAUGGGAAGACCCAAUGCCUGGGACAGGUGAGAGACAUUUAGCACAGGAGCUGAGAGGUGUUGGAUUGUUGUCUGCAUAUGACAUGCCAGAAUGGGAAAAAGAUGCUUACGGAAAAGCUCCUUCUUUUGGGUCAAGAUCCAAGCUUUCUAUUCCAGAGCAGAGACAGAGCUUACCCAUUUAUAAAUUGAAGAAUGAAAUAGUUCAGGCUGUUCAUGAUAAUCAAGUUCUUGCUGUUGUUGGUGAAACAGGUUCAGGAAAGACCACACAGGUUACUCAGUACUUGGCUGAAGCUGGAUAUACAACAAUGGGUAAAAUCGGGUGUACCCAGCCUCGCAAAGUAGCUGCUAUCAAUGUGGCUAAGAGGGUCCCCGAGGAGUUUGGUUGUCGUUUGGGUGAAGAGGUUGGAUACGCUAUCCGUUUUGAGGAUCGCACUGGGCCUGAGACUGUGAUCAAGUACAUGACUGAUGGCAUAUUGCUGAAGGAGAUUCUGGUUGAUGAGAAUUUGUCUCAAUAUUCAGUGAUAAUGUUGGAUGAGGCUCAUGAGAGGACAACCAACACCGAUGUGUUGCUUGGAUUACUAAAACAACUUAUCAAGCGCAGACCUGACCUUCGGCUGAUUGUCACAUCUGCCACUCUGGAUGCUGAGAAAUUCUCUAGCUUCUUCUUUGCUUGCAACAUAUUUCAGAUUCCUGGAAGAACUUUUCCAGUGACUACAUUUUACGCCAAGCAAGAAGAAAGUGACUACGUUGAUGCCGCUGUGAGAACAGUUUUGCAAAUCCACGCAGAGGAACCCAAAUGUGAAAAAGGUGAUAUUCUCCUCUUCUUGACUGGUCAGGAGGAGAUUGAAUAUGCAUGUGAGCGUCUCUCUGAGAGUAUGAAAAGACCGAGUAAAAGUAAAACUGUUCCCGAAGUAAUCAUCUUACCAGUGAUCAGUGCCCAACCAAGUGAGCUGCAAACAAGGAUUUUUGAACCAGCCCCGCAGGGGAAGAGGAAGGUGGUUGUUGCGACUAACAUUGCUGAGGCUUCAUUGACCAUUGAUGAUAUAUUCUAUGUCAUUGAUUCUGGAUUUAUGAAGCAGAAAGUUUACAAUCCUAAACUGCGGCUUGAUUCCCUCGUUAUUACACCCAUUUCACAAGCUUCUGCCAAGCAGAGAUAA